CGCAACUCAACUCAAAUCCAGGCAGGUCGAUUGACUGUCAAUCAUAGAGCGCGAGUCGAUUACCUAUCUUCAAGAUUGCGAAAUGACGGAACCAGCACAGGCCGCGAUCGGCCAUUCAGUUGCGCUGCUUCGUCCUGCGGCUCGAAGCCUCGCGAAACAACUCCAGGACCUUGGCGAUGUCAACGUCGAGGGCCUGCCAACUGACGACUUCACGGACUGGCCCAAGGUUCGCCUGCACGGAAGGAAUUACAUAUUAGAAGACUGGCUUCACAGGAAACGACCUCGCACCUCUUGGAUCGGUGACCAUGGGAGAUUCCUCUCCGAAGUGAUCGGCGGGCGUGAUGUCGGCCGAUUCUGGUGCUGUGGUUACUGCGGCCAGAUCUUCGCCGCCAAAGCGACAUCAUCGCCAGGCGUCCACCUUAACCAGCAUCAUCAGAAGUAUGAGGAAGGUAAAGAGGCCACGACGCCUGUCGUCAAGAAGCAACGGCCGGCAUUUGAGAUAAUUCGCGGCGCAGCCAGGAGUACCAGUAGUACUCCCCUGUCGGCCCCUUCGCCGGAAGAUAGCUUCAAGACGUCCCUGCUCGACUGGGAGGAGGCGGUGCAAAGCAUUCCCAACACGGCCAACACCAUUCUCAGUAACAAUAACAACAACAACGAUAACAACGAUAACAACGGCAAACUCCUGGAAGACACCAGGAAACGCCUUGACGAAACCAGGCAGGAGUUGGCGGAGACCCGACAAGAGCUGGCGGACACCCAGCAGCAGCUUGCACAGCUGUAUGUCGAGAACCAGCGACUGAAGGCGGAGAACCGCAGGCUUCAGGGGAAGGUGCAAGGACAUAGGUAGGAUGAUAUUAGAUAGGCAGAAGCGCUAUGGGGUUGAGAAAGUGGCUAGUACCAUCGAAGCUGCAGAGGGAAUUCGAGUCUGAGGACAGCAAUACGGCUAAGUGUGAUAGUUGCUGCAAUCGUUGGGAACGAUGGACUGGAAGGGUGGAGUGAGUACAACUACUAGGCGUGAGGAGGUACCCCCGUGUGCCAGGGAUCCGCGGGAAAUAAUAUGCAAGGCGAAUGGGGAUUACUUGGUCUCGGUGUGCUCGUUCCGAAGCUGGCGGAGGGGGGCGGAAG